AUGGCGUCGGAAAUUGAUGGCUUGGUGGAGGAGACCGAGCAUGAGAGAAAGGAAGAAGGAAUCGAAAAGACCGUUCAAAGUCUGGAGAAGCUUUUUGUGGCUUGCGAGUUGCAGCUUCAGGACAUCAAGAAGAAGCAGAGACAAAUGCUCAAUGAAGCUCGACCAUCAGCCAGACGUCAGAAGAUCGUCUGGGAAGUCUAUGCUGGAAAGGGACGCUUCACGGAAGAAUGUCAACGGAGAGGAGCAAUAGUGAGGCAACAGCAUGAGGACCUACCAGAACCUCACGCAGCCAGUGGCGCACCAGGUGGAGGAACUUUGGCCCUACCACCGCCACCAGAUGAAACGAACACGCACCAGCCACCGCCAGCAGCAGAUGAAGUUGGAGAUGCCACUGUCCAAGCAGAUGGUCAAGUGGACAAUGAUGAUCAGCUCGCUCGUGAGCAUGUAGUUCACAAUGAGGCAUUGAUGAGACAGUUUCCGACCUCAGCUGCAGCACGUCCAACACCAGCACCCAUCGAGACAGACGUCAUGAUGGACCCCGAGGCAUUACCACCAGUUCCAGAAGACGAUGACCUAAUGUCACCAGCAGCACCAGCAGCCUCAGAAAACUUCAAGCUGGAACAGGUGAAAGACAACCAAAGAGAUCGAGAACACUUCCUGCCCAGCGCCUUGAUCAUAGAUGCAAAAGCACUCUACGAUGCCAUCAAGGCUGAGGUUCCCCAAAUCAAUGGUGACAAGAGGACCCAGAUCGAAUGCAUGAUAGUGAAGCAGAAGAUGCAGAACCUCAAAACUCAGCUACGCUGGGUGUCGUCAGAAGUUCAGCUGUCAGAUGGUUUGACGAAGAUCCAAGCAAGACAGCUACUGGCCGACAGGUUGAGGACACACAGAAUUUCAUUGAUGGCCGACAGCACAUUUCAGGCAGCAAAACGCAAAACCAUGCAGGAGAGAAGAGAUAAUGCUCGGAGGAAUGCGAUCAGUGUGAAAAAGAGUCUGACCAUGAUGAUCAUCGCAAAUGAGUUGACACCGACGAGAGCUCAGGGAGAAGAUGAUGAGACAGGUUGGGACUUGACAUUGUUGGUGAUUGGUACAUUGUUGUGCAUUGGUGCUUUUCAAGUUGUCGGUUGGUUGAUUGCAUGUUGGCGGCAGCGCACACAGCCACACAAUCCCACAGCAGAAGCCCAGAGCCAAACAGAACAAGAAGAGCAGCAUCAGCAACCAGCACCACAAAGAAGAGAGACAAGCGACAGGCUUGAAGCCAGAAUCACACAAUACAAAGACUUCAUCAAAAGAGGCAAUGAGACCAUGGACAGAGUGAGAAAAGAGAACGAGAGGCUAGAAGAUCAAUGCAAAGAGCUUGAAGCCCGAUGCAGAGAGCUUGAGAUAGAAGUUCAAGCAAGAGAUGUCAGGCAGAACCUGACAGAUGAGAGACUUGAUGAGCAGCAGCGCAUGAUCACACAGCUGGAACGAGACUUGGCAGACAUCGCACAGCAAGCAGCAUACCUCAACAACCACCUCGGUGGAAUACCACAAACCGUGUGCAUCACAAGGCACCUCCGCAGAGACCCGGCGUCGUGCGUCCAGCAACCACUCGUUGAUGAGGUCACAGGCAAGACGCACCACCGGGUAGAUGGCGCGGCAGAAAUGGAUCACUUCGUCCUGGUGCUAGAUGGGACCUGCUAA